AUGUUAGUACCGGUUUUUUCUUUACAAUUAAAUCAUAAAGUUUUCCCUCGAACGGUUGCCGUGGGUAAAUUCAACGGCAAAACGUCAUGCCUCGUUGGUGCAACUGCCGGAAACAAAGUUUUUAUUCAUUCCCCACAAGACAAUAAUCCUCAAGCACAACAACUGGAAGGCAAUGUUUCACUUUUAAAUGUAAAUCAAGUUGUUACAAGUUUAGCAUGCGGUCAACUGGACGAUCAAUUGAAAAAAGAUUUGCUCGUUGUUGGAACAAGCAGUAACAUAACUGCAUAUGAUAUCGAUCGUAAUGUCGAUUUAUUCUUUAAAGAAACUCCAGAUGGUGCAAACGCCAUAACUAUCGGUAAAUGGGGCGAAUUACCCGAACAAUUAGCGAUUGUAGGUGGAAAUUGUUCAAUUCAUGGUUUUAAUAAAAAAAGUGAGGAUGUUUUAUGGACAGUUACGGGCGAUAAUGUUUCAUCACUGGCGUUACUUGAUUUCAAUGGUGAUGGUUAUAAUGAACUUGUUGUCGGCUCAGAGGAUUAUGAUAUUCGAGUGUUUCGAGAAGAUCAAUUGAUAGCAGAUAUGCAAGAAACAGAAACAAUUGUGUCGAUAUGCCCAUUAAUUGGCGCACGAUUUGGAUAUGCAUUAGGAAAUGGGACUGUUGGCAUUUAUGAACGAACGAAUCGAAAUUGGCGUAUUAAAUCACGAAAUUCUGCGGUUGUGCUACAAGCAUUCGAUGUUGAUGGUGAUGGCGUCGAUGAAUUAGUCACUGGAUGGAGUAGUGGCAAAGUUGAUAUUCGAAGUGAUCGUAAUGGAGAUGUCAUUUUCAAGGAUAGUCUGCAUUCAUCGGUAGCUGGAAUUGUCAAAGCAGAUUACCGAGUACCGGGAGAAAAUUUAUUGAUCUGUUGUUCGAAUGAAGGUGAAGUUCGAGGAUUUAAAUUCUCGGCACAGGACAGUAAUGCAGCUGCAGCUAAUCUAUACAAAGAUCGACAAGAAGCAAUUCGAGAUCUAGCUCAGAAGAAACAGGCACUCUUACUGGAACUUCAAACUCUCGAAGAGGCCGCAAAAAAAGCAAAAGAUUCAAGUAGUGCUAACAGCCGAGCAGUGACAUUAGAUUCCGAAGCUGAUAUUCCGGCAAAUACAGAAAUACAAACAAUAUUAACAGUCGAGAGAAGUCGAAGUGAUUUUCCAGCACAUAUUGCAAUAAAAAUGAAAACAUCCAAUCACACCGUUAUAAGAGUUGUUACACUUUUUGCUGAAGGUUUAUUCAAAGGCGAAUGUUUUGUCGUCCAUCCGGCUGCGAAUCAAGUUCGAGAAAAUAUUGUUGUACCAAUCAUACCGCCUCGUGAUGCGUCGGUCGACUUACAUCUUCAAGUUUUUGUUGGAUUGAAAUCAAGUACUCUCUACCAUGUUUUUGAAUUGGCUCGGCCAUUACCAAUUUUCUCAAUGUAUCUAUUGGUUGAAAACUCAACUGAUCAUGAGCCUAAAGGUUUCGUUAAUUUCACGAUCAAUGAACGUAUUCCACGAAUUCUCGUUUGGAUCAAUCAUCAUUUCCUCCUUUCGGAAGAAUAUGCACCCAAUACACCAAGCUUGUACGUUACAUUUCUGGCCGUUCGAACAGACACAAAGUUAGUUAUUAAAAUGCAGAACACCGGACAGAUGUUGAUUCAAACUGAUGAUAUGGAAUUGGCUGGAAAUAUUAUUCAGUCAUUAGGCAAAUUUUUAAAUAUAGAUACAUUACAAACAACAUGCGACUUUCCGCAAGAACUUGACAUGCUGCAGAAAAUCUUUUCUCAAAUUGAAGAGUAUCAAACGGCUCGACAACGAAUUUCGUCGGAUAUGGCUGAACAUGCGAAUAUUAUUCGAAGUUUUUUAAUUCGUGCUGAAGACGCACGGCUAAUUGGUGACGUAUCGGUUAUGAAGCGACAUUAUAUCGAUUUAUUGAACUUGAAUCGCGAUUUAAUCAAUGGGUACAAGAUUCGCUGUACAAAUCACGAGGAACUAAUGAAGAACUUACGAUAUCUGAAUCAAAUGGUACAAAAGGCAGGCAAUUUGCGAAUUGGAAAGUUUAAAACAACUACUGUGAAUCAAUGUCGUGCAGCGAUCAAAUCAAAUAAUACUCAAUUAUUGAUCAAAUCAAUCAAAACAGGCAGUGCCUAAACAACUUCACAUUCAGUGCAACAUUCGCUCACCAUUGAUGAGCGAGAUCAAUACUAUGGCACGACCAAUGAUGAUAUCAUCUGUAGAGAUUAUCUCAAUGAAAUGACACCUCCUCAAAAACUGCACUCCAAAGAUGCAAUUCAUCGUCAAAAUACUGAUCCGUACGGUGGUGUACCACCACGUGCUUCAUCGGCUACUCCCAAACAAAUUAUAUCACCCUAUCUACAGAAACUACCUCAUUCUAAUUAUAUUCAAACAGUUCUACCACCACCGGCAUCAGCACAACAACGACGACAACAACAACAACGUCGUCGUCGGUCUACCUCAAUGGCUCGAACACGAGAUGAACAGUUGGAUUCCGCCUAUCAACCAUCCAAUGUCGAUCACCUUGAUUUAAGCACAUUCUUUGGGCACGGUAAUCGUUCAUCGGGUCGUCCAACAAGUGCUCCGAUACGACCUAAUACAUCCACUACACCGAAGAAACGUACUAAAACAUCAACACAACGCUCAAGUUCGAAAUCUCAAUCAUUCCUCAUUACAAUCUAUCGCAAUGGCAAUCACGAAAAGCAUUGUUAUUGUAAAGCCACGUCUUUGAAUGCCAUUUUCCAAUAUGCGACUGAAAAACUUCAUAUGGCGUCGGCUGCUCGCCGUUUAUUUGAUGCCAACGGACAGGAAAUAUAUCGUAGUGAAGAUGUCCAUUCAAACCAAGAGUAUUUUGUUUCCAGCGGAGAAAACUUCAAAGAUCCCUAUCGAUCAAUUAAGAUCCAAACGGAAUACAGCCUAAAUUCAACAUGGACGAUGAGAGGUUUACAAACGGACACGACGAAACCAAAAUCAUUCACAACAACAGCAGCUAUAUCGAAACGUUUAGAAAAACAAAUCAAAACAAGUAUAAAUUUGAUGAUUUUUGAGAAUGGCCUGGGCCAUGAUACAAAUGCCUAUCAUAUUUUAAUUGAUUCACUCGUUAGAGAUAAUCUAGAAAAGUUUCUUGAUUAUUCGACGCAACGAUUGCAAAUGACUGGACAUGCACGAAAGGCAUUCACUUAUCGGGGUGAUACUAUUCGAUCGCUCAAACUUUUCUUGGAAUCGGACGAUUGUAAAAUGCAAACUGUAAACGAUGGCAUCAUUUACGGGCCAGUUUGGGUUAGCAAAGGCGAGAAAUUUCGUCCAACAGGUGCUUAUGUGUUUUUGCAAUCGCGUUACAAGGAAUGUCAAAGUCAAUUGAAAACUUACAGAGCAGAAUAUCGCGAAAUUAAGGCUGUGAUUAAAAAACGUCAACGAAGAACAAUGAAUGGAAACGAACAAAGUGACACAGGUGAUGAACUACGUAUGUCAACAACAGAAGGAACCGAUGGAGAAGAUGAAAAAGACAAUGACAAAACAGCUGUUAAAAAUAAAAGUCUGUUAUCAAUGACAAAGAAAGAGCUUAAAGAGCUGAAAGAGGCAUCAGAAGCUAAAAUUAAGGAUGUCAAAGAAUUAAUGAAGUUCUAUCAAACUAAGAUGGAAGAAAUUGAGGAUAUGAAAACGGAGGAAGAAAGUUUGGGAGCAAAUUUUGCCACAGAACACAUCAAAGAAGUAAAAUUCGAAGAUAAAAUUGUCGGAUUGCAUCCAAUUUGCUUAUUUGUGCAUGAAAAUGGAUCAUAUCAUAAAUCGGAUCCAACAAUCUUCUUAAAUCUUCGUAGUUUGCCAUCGAAAACUAUCCCACAGACGCCAAUCGAGUAUUUACUCACUUAUUUACAAACCUCUGUCGCCGUAUUCGGACGACAGCGACCAAAACGUGUCUUCGAUAUCAAUGGAACUGAAUUAAAACUUCUCGGACACUUAAAAUCCAAGCAGCACAUAUUCAUAUCCUAUGGAGAAGACUAUCGACCGGCGUUCGAACCAUGUCUUGCGAUUCAAUUGCAUAGCGUUGAAGUUUAUAACCAAGAAGCUGGGCUGACAUUAUUGAAAAUAUUUCGAACAGACGAUGACGUGAUGGCGGAGAAUGAAAAGCGAUCGGCUAAGCAAGUUGCAGCAGCUUGGCAAGUGACUGACACGAUUCCCGAGAAUGUUAAAACCAUCAAUACCAAAGAUCUUCAAGACGACGAAAAACAAGCUGUCGAAGGCAAACCGAUCGAUGAACGUGUUGAUCAACAUGUUACGUUUCUUACUAAGGACAAGAAAUUGAUCUAUCCUGAAUUGAAAAUCAGUCAAAUCAUCGCGUCGAUCGGAAAGCAAAAAUCAUCAGGUGGAAAACCAUCAAAAAAAGUUUUCUCCGAUACUGAUUUACAAACUUGGUAUUACGACAAAGAUGGCUAUAUCUAUAACAAGCAGAUCAACACUUUGGUGUUGACAAUUAUACCCGAGGAAAACGUUCAGAUGACAUGGACAGCAAGUAAAUUAUCGAAAGCUCAAAAUCGAUCACAAGAGCUCAACGGUUACCGAGUUCAAUUGCGAAACCGAGCAAGCGAAACAUCGGAAAAGCAAAUUUGGGACUUUACUGCUGAUGGUUAUAUCGUAUCUAGAGCAUAUCCAGAUUCUGCACUGACAAGUUUUGCAACGAUCAUUCCCGGCGAGGACGAGACAUUUGUAGCAGGUGGAAAACGAAUGAAUGAAAACGACGCCUUUGUUUCAUUUGUUGCACUUUGUCCAAAAUGUUCACCAGAUUCGCCAUUCAUGCAUCGACAACGUUGGGGUAUUCGACAAACGUCAGGUUUUACGAUUGGCGAUUGGAAACAUUCGAAAGUAGAAAACCCUAUUUGGCAUAAGAUGGCUUUGACAUGGCCAGUUGAUGCUAAUGGGUCGAUGAUACCUGAUUUACAAUGGCCAAUUGAAGGUUGUUUUAUACCAGGUGUUCCGCCAAUAAAAUCACUUAAAUAUUCUCAAGCACCAGAAACUUUUGUUCCAAUUCGUUUACAAGUUUUGAAAAACGGGGAACGUGACACUAGCAAGGCAGCAUUCGUCGUUGGACCUGAUAUUUCUAAUCUCAUUCUGGAACCGAAAUCUUCUGCUGAUAUGUAUCGACGUUUACGUAUUCCUGAACCUGAGAAAGAACAACGUGCACAUCGACAAAUCAAACGCAUGGCUGAUGCUCGUCAGCGUGAAAUGAAAUUAUUUUUAGAAAACUGCACAACCCUCUGUGGCCUUCCAUUCGCUGCUCGUCGCUUAUUUGAUGAACAUGGUACCGAAUUAUUUGAUUUAACAUCUAUCAGACGCGAUUCCUUGGUCUAUGUAACAUGUGGCGAACAGUGGAUCGAUCCUGAGUUAACCAAAGCUGAACAGCAACGUCGUUUGUUAUUGGCCUACUUGAGCUAUGAUGUCCGAAUGAUAUAUUUCUACUGUGCAUUGAGAUAUCCGGCAGAAUAUGUCGUUUCCACGGAAACGGUUUUGGGUGAGAAUUCACGAUUAGUUCUGAGUAAAUGUGUCUUGACUGUUGGACAACGCAAACGUAUUGUACAAGGUGAAUCAGUUCAACAUGUGAUGGAAAGUAAAGAACCUGUUGGACCACCAGCAACCGAAGCCGAGCCAAGGACAGCGCAUGAACGUACUCAUAAACGACUUGAUCAAAGAAAUGAGGACAAAUUUCGUUGGCCAUGGGAACGCAUUGCUAAUAAGAGUCUGGAUCUCGGCGGAGACAACGAAGAUAAAACUAAUCGCGAUAGUGAUGACGAUGAUGUUAUCAAUCCAGGAGAUUUGUCAACUAAGCCCAUGUCAACUUUACCGAAAACAGCUUUACUUUCUAUGCAACAAUUUCGUUGGGAUCCAUCGGGUGGUUAUAUCUCAAGUAUGGAUGACCCCAAUCUGGUAUUUGGUGUCAAAGAAAUCGAGAGUAAAGUGGUUGAUGUCAUAUUAAAACGCCGAAAUCCUGAUGAUAUAUUCCAACGAUGGGUUCUUGUCUCAUCCAAUGAUGGCGAUGAAAAUUCAUCGGAUAUCGAUUUUACUAAAUCAUUUUUGAUCGCUUCAAAAGCCCGACCAACGAUGAUUCUAACUGUAUUACUUCCAUCAUGCACUUUAAAUGAAUCAAGUGAAGUCACCAUUUCUUGUAUUGGUUGCCUAGUUACGUUACAACCACGGCGAUAUGAAGAGAAUGGCUGUGCUAAUCAAAAAUGGGCGUAUGACGAAAAACUUGGAUUUCUCUAUCCGUUCAAUGCUACAAUUACUGACCGAGAAAUCACCGCAGCUAAUCGAGCGAAUAUUUGCUCAUAUACAGUGAACUAUGAAUCAUUGUCUCAACCGGGAUUUAAUGUUUCAAUUCUGAAUACCAAUGAUCAAUCUGAAGACGUACCUGUUUGUCUUGCUUGUGCGCAAGCAAUGCGCGGAAAGUAUCGGUUAGUUAAGAUAGAACCCGAGAAGAAAUUCACAUGUGCUAUCGGAAAAAGAACUGAUUUGAAAUUUCAUGGUCCAUUUCAUUGUCUCAACCAUAAAGUCGACUUAACACGCGAUGAAGCUGAGAACACACUCUUUCAACGGCAAGAACAACUUGAACAACUUCGACAAGAAGCAAGCGUUCGAAAUAUUGCAAAAGAACUAGCAGCUGCCAAACAAGUUCAAGUUGUUCAUUUACUUGCUUAUCGAAAUGGAGAUGGUCAUACGCGACAAGGCAAAAUCUUAGUUGGUUCAAGCAUUAUCGGUUUGCUCGAUCAAGCAACACAUCGAUUGGAUUUAACAAAUGCUGCUCGACGUUUUUACGUCAGCGAUGGUACAGUUAUUCUCAGUAUUGAGGAUCUCAUUGAUUGGGUUACCGAAUAUUACAAAAAGUGCUAUACGAAAUUAUCGAAACAACCACAAACUCAACUUCUCGAUAAAGUAGAACUGAAUACACCUUUGCCGCCCCAAAAUCCCGAAGCACAACGACGUUCGAGUACUGAUAGUCAAUCGGAAAAAACAACAUUUUCUGCUAAGAUGCGGGAUAUAAGUCCAACUAAGCAACAUUUUCAAGGUUUACCAAAAUCUUCGGAUUUAAAACGAGCAAUAAAACAAAAUUCAGUGAAACGAGGACUUGACAUCGAUAUGAAUUAUCUGCUCAAAUUUCCUAUUGAAGUUUGGGUUUCAUCUGGCGAAGGAUUCGUCAAUCCAUCUGAUGUUGACCAACGUCAUAAUGUUCGUAUUGUUCAACGCGAAGAACGCACACCUGUUGUUCAUGAAUUGGAACGGGAAAAGCAUGCCUUACGUCUUAUGAAAGGACGACGCAUUUCGAGCCAGUCGACAGGUGAAUUAGUUAGUCAACAAAAUCCUGAUAUACCUGUUGUGAAACAAGGACAUUGGACACAACGUUCCGAUACUGAACUCGAUCAAGAAGAUAAUGUUGAGAAAAUACAAACAUCAUUAGAUGCAAUUAUCUCGUCGCAACAACCUGAACAUACACGACCUGCUUCAUCCGCUGCACUGGAACGACUUUCUCAACAUUCAAAACUGAAACGCAUUACGAUUUAUUCGAAUGGUGACUCGACUGAAUCAGCGGUUCAAUGCUUUGGUAGUAACCUUCAAGAGAUUAUGGAAAAUGCCAAACAAAAGUUGGGUUUAAUGCAGCCAGUUCAAGCUUUAUUCGAUGAAAAUGGGCGCAUCAUUGAACGCUUUGACCAAUUGACUCGUGAUCAAUUAGUUUGUGUCUCUACAACACGAACUUAUAUCGCUUCAUCGGAACGCCAACGUGAAGUCGAUAUAAAAGCUGAGUGGGCGCGUACCCGCAACAAAUAUGGCGAUCAAGCCACAGAUAUUCGUGUUAAUUCAACACUAGCAUCAUUUCCUCAUGCUGCCGAUCCAUUCGGUCCGCCAUUAUUAACAUCAGAAGAUCGAGAACAAUCCCGCCCAAUGACGAAACCACCGCCUGUACCCUAUCGACGCUUAGCUAUUGAACAACCAGCACCCAAAACUACUACUGUGACGGAAAUUACACCUUCACCCUCAAUGAUGAAAGAUUCAUUGAUGUUGAGUGACGACGAUGAAUCAAAUAGUGAAAUCGAACGUAUAACCACUAGCGGAACGGAUGGCAUUGAAAGUAGUCGUCCAAUAUCCCCAAGAAUUAGUACACAACCCAGCAAAAGUCCAUUUUCCCAAUUAUUCACAACUGAACGAGCGCCGUCAGCAGCGACGAGAAAUCCACCAUCGACAAAUAAGUCAGAUAGUGACGAAGAUGAAUUUAUCAAGAUGUUAAGGAAAUAA